AUGAACCCGUACCUCUCUCUCCUCCUCCUCCUGGCCGCCGCCGCUCUGUGCCAGGGCGCGCCGCUGGCCGGGGAGCUGCGCUGCCGCUGCGUGCGGACCGUGUCCGAGAUGAUCCCGCCGCGGCGCCUGGCCCGCCUGGAGUUCCUCGCCGAGGGGCCGCACUGCGCCGUGCCCGAGGUCAUAGCCACGACGAAGCAGGGACUGACGAUCUGUCUGGACCCCAUCGCUCCCUGGGUCAAGCUCCUGGUCACCAGGAUCCUCCGUAGUUCAGCCAACAAGCUGUGAGUGAUGAAGGGAACACCUUGGAAUGAAGUUACCUGUUUGCCACAAGAUCCCAGGAAACAGAUGCUGUGAGGACACAAUAGCUCAACUCUCUAGUUUUGAUGGAUUUGUAGAUCAGAUGUUCUAUGUUUCAUUCCCUCUCCUCAUAGUUGUUAUUGCCUAAUCCUCUGUAUGGUUUUAUUGACUGAGACAAAAUGAUUGAAUCCAUUUGAUAAGACAGUGGAAGCUUUGCAGGACACCUCUCAGCAGCCUUCUCAGAACUUGCUCCACCUUUGUGCAAACUCCUUCUUACCAAAUUCUGUUUGCCAAUAAGUUCCUAUAUAAUAUUAAUAUCUGAAAAGAAGAUGAAUGCAUCAUGAAGAUGAUUUUGUAAACGUCUGCAGAGAGUGUGACAGGAGAGGUUUGAAUGGAUUGUGCCGAUAUCCUUGCAUCAGGAAUAACAAGAGUGCUGGCUGGCACUUAACAUUGCAGUGCCUGUCCAGGAUUACAUGGGAAUAAAACCUGGUUCAGGCAAGAAUGUUUUGCUGAAUCUCUUUUUCCUACUCCAACUCUCCAGCCUCUAAUACAGAAUGCCUUGGACCUUUUUGCACAAUGUGCUGUCUAGUGAAAUCACAAAUUUUGCCCCUGAAGUCUUUUUCCCCUAUUCAAUACUUAGAAGGAUUUAAUAAUUUCUAUGAAAUUAUGGGGGUUUGUGCCAUGACUGGUUUGGGUUUUAACCAGAUAAUGUUGAGGUUGGUUAGCUGGUUUGUUUUUAAAUGAGUUUACAUUACAAUAUUUGGUAUUUAUGCACAAGAUCUAAAGGAACAGUAAAUGUUCUGGAGAGACUUAGACAUUUUAUGUCUACUUGUAUGACAUAGUGUCACGACUCAUAAAGAAUAACUAAUAUUCAUUAUUCUGCUUUGGAAAAUUGUAUGUAAAGAGGUGGAUUUCUCAUGAUAAUGUAAUGAAAUAUAUAAUGCAAUAAAAAUGUUUUCCUGUU